GCAGUUUGUACGCGUAAGGGUGAACAUCUCCUGCUCUGACAGCAGCUGGGGGGGACUGCUGCGUGAGGACUAUCCACCGCCUGUAAGCGCUUUGACACGGGCGAUGUGCCCAUGGAAGCACCAGCUGCUUGUUGAGAAGGGAUGACCAGAAGUGAUUAUGGACUGUGUUGUUCCAGAGAUUCCAACAAGUCCACCUGGGAAUUUAACAUCACACCCCUUACCUGCUGAACCACCUGAACAGACAACUGAUGAACCACCAGUAUCAACCCCAGAAACCGCCCAAAGCCCAUCUGUGGAACGCAGAUACCCAGAGAGACGCAGAGUUCCUCCAAAGAGACUGAAUCUUUGAAAAUGUAGAAACUAUGAUUUAAGUAUUUACUGCCAGUUAAUUUAGAAGUGAAACAGCCUUAGAGUAAUGGCUACAUUUGUUCAUUGUUAGUAAAGGCAGUAGAAUAUUUUAUUGGCAGUCAAAAUUCAUUUCUUAAAGAGUUUACUUAUUUGAAUUAAAAAUCUAAAAGGGAAGGGAUGUAAUAGAGUGAACUGUUGCCCAUCAGUGGUAAUAAUACAGAAGUGCCUGUUACAGGGCUAGUUCUUGGUUGACCAACAUAUAAUGAAAGGAAGCUUGUAGACCACUAAGGGAAAACAAUAGUUUUGAGUUGGUAUGUCCUGCUGUUCAAUAAAACUCGUAUCCACGUCCUUCCUUCCUGAUCCUUUCAAAGAGUCUAAUCCAGAAUAUCACAAUGUUCUUGAGCACCUUCAGAGUUGUCAGGUAGGGAUGCUGUGCAGACCACUCCAUCGUCUGUCCCAAGCUUAUGGAGAACCGCUCACAUGCUGGCUGCCAGGAACCAGGGUGCUGAAAUGGAACAUAUAUUUGUCAUUUUUUUAAUGUCUAGUAAGGCCUUUUCAGUUGGAGCUCAAUUCAAUGGAUACAACUGUGAUGCAAAUUUUCACAGCCGCUUCCCUGCUGAGAGAGAUAUCAGUGUAUACUGUGGGGUCCAGACCAUUACCCUCAAGAUCAAUUUUUGCCCUGUUCUCUUCUCUGGCUACACUGACACCGACCUAGCCCUUAAUGGUCGCCAUGGAGACGCCCACUGCAGAGGCUUUAUCAAUAACAACACCUUCCCUACUGUUGUAAUCUUUAGCAUCAGCCUAGCAACACUUGAGUCCUGUGGUAAUUCUUUGGUGGUGUCAACUGCUCAAGGACCCAAUGCUUAUGGGAACCUGUCCCUGGUGCAGAUUGGAAACAUAUCAGGGUAUAUUGAUACACCAGACCCUCCAACUAUCAUCAGCUACUUGCCAGGUCUAUUGUAUAAGUUUAGCUGCAGCUACCCAUUGGAAUACCUAGUCAACAACACACAGCUGGCCUCGUCAUCAGCUGCAAUCUCAGUGAAGGAAAGCAAUGGCACUUUCAUUAGCACGUUGAAUCUCCUGCUGUAUAAUGACUCAUCAUAUAUUCAGCAGUUGUCCAUCCCAAUGGCAGGACUGACCCUGAAGACACGCAUAUUUGCAGCUGUAAAAGCCACUAAUCUGGAUAGAAGAUGGAACAUUCUAAUGGACUACUGUUACACCACACCUUCUGGAAAUCCUAAUGAUGACCUGCGUUACGAUCUUUUCUUUAGUUGUGAAAAAGACCCCCAGACCACAGUGUUUGAGAAUGGGAAGAGCCAGAUGGGUCGUUUUGCCUUUGAAGUAUUCCGCUUUGUAAAGCACAAGAACCAGAAGAUGUCCACUGUCUUCCUACACUGUGUCACCAAGCUGUGCCGAGCAGAUGAUUGUGCAAUGCUGAUGCCAAUCUGUGGCAGCAGGAAAAAGAGAGAUGUCUCUGAGGGAAAGGGAUCAAAUUCUGCAUCUGGAAAUGCCAUCCUGACUGCUGGGCCUAUCAUAACUCGGAGUGAUGAAAUACCAGCCAAUAAUUCUCAGCUGGCCCAUCUUAAAGCUCCAGUGUUUCACACAAAUACAGUGACCAUCGCACUCAUCUCAGGCAUGAUCAUUCUGGGUGUCAUGUGCCUAUGCUUCUUCAUCAUGUCCCUCACCCUUCUGAAAGGGAAGAGCGCUCCAGUCGGCACCCUGUCAGGAGUCCGAAACCUAACCUUCAACUGAGUACCUGAACUCACUGCAGACAUUUCUCAUCAGUUCAAUGCUAACCAAGAAUGCAGAACACACGCUGUCUGUGCAUAUGGGCAUCAAAGAAUUUAACUGUUGAAUAAAAUACCUGUUACCAGGUCUGUACAAUGAGUAUUAGUGUAGGAGUUAAGUAAAACUGGGUUUUGUGUUCCAUUUUUGUGUUACACAAAAAGCUAAGCCUCAGCCUGCAUAUUUUUCAUGCAGCUUUAACCCAUUAGUGGGGAUACUAAAAACUUACUGCAAUACCUCAGCUAUACAGUUUUCAUUGCAGGGUACGGGAUCAAUUAUAUGGCUUGCAGUGCAUUAUAUAGUGUAUAAUAAACAUAGCAUUUCCUGAUAGAUAUUAGAGAGAUAGAUUUACUUAAUCAUUUAUUAGAAGUUUUUUUCCCUAAAUAUGUAUUUCAAUUGCUUGCUUUAAAUAUUUUUAGUUACUCUGUUAGCAAUAAACUUGAUUGUUAAGGAUAUUUUGUACAUGUGCUACCUUAUGUAUAACUUUUCCUGAUAUGUGGUUAAAAUGCAACUUGAUCUGUUCCCAAAAUGUACAAAUUGUCUUCAAACGUCCAUGUUGCUAAUACUGCACCUUGACUUGUUAUUAAAACAUACCCAUUUUCAUAUUUCUAAAAAUAAACUAUACAUUCCCUCUUAAACACUACUGUGGGAUUACAAGAAUUGAUAAAUGGCUAGCAUUGAUAUAGCUUGUAUUUUUACACUACAAUCCACAUUUAUCCAUUCAUGCACACGUACAUGUAGUGCUUAGUCAGAUCAUACAACACUGCUAUCUAACGCACACAGACACACACACAUCAGAUGGGGUGGAGAUUGGGGGUGAGGAAGCAAAUGUAAAUUUCUGCAUUACCAAUAUACAAACCUGAUGUAAAAUCAGUUUGGUUCCUUAUCAUAGUCCUUAAUAACCUCAAAGAUCUCUUUGCUUCAUGGAGGGGCUUAACUUCCUCUGGGAUCAUUAAUAAUUUUAACGUUUCUUUUAAUUUUUAUAGAAAACCUAAAGCUAAUAUAACAGAAUAGAAUUCAUUAAAACAUUUUGUUUUGUAUAUAUGGAUAAUUUUAUUUAAACGCUUACGUUCCCGUACUGUGCAUCCAUGAAACAUAAGACGAUUCAACCUGCGUCAUUUCUGUCUUCCGUUUAUUUACUUUCCGGCUCUUUGAAACGUCAUGGCAAAAUGUCCAGGAAAAACACCACGUUUUUUAAAUGGACUGACAAUUGGGCUAAUCGUUACUUGCAGGAGGCUUGCUUUCAAGGUACAUCAGCAAUGAAAAAAACUUCUUGCCAACUAAAUGUUUUUUUAGAUUCCAUUUUUUAUUCUAGGGCUUGUGUAUCCAGAUGAACAAUUGUAAGUUUAAAAAUCUUUUGAUAAUAUAUGCUUAUCCCUUUUGGAAUUAGUCUUGUGUACUUCUUUU